AGAUGCUAGUUGUUUGUUUUCUCGCGUUUCUUGUGGCUUUGGCGGCCUUUCUUGUUGGAUGGUUUCUAGGUAAGAUCACUUUCUUAUAUGUCACUCGUGAUGAUAUGAUUCACAGAUCACCAUAGGACUCCUCGGAUAAUGACCAAUAUCAAUUUGCAUGCUUCGUAAUGCUUGAUUGGAUUUUUGGUUUGUUCCAGACAAGGCUUUUGUUGGUGCAUCCGUUGGUUACUUCUCAUUUCUUUUCCUACUAGCUGGAAGGGCAUUGUCUGUGCCCCCUUUCACCUUCGAUAGUAGUCUGAUUCUGAAUCUGAUUUUGAGACAACAUUUGGAAACCUUUUUGAAGUCAAAACUGAACAAAAAAUGGCUACUUUGAAAGAACUUGCUGCCCCUGAUUUAAAUGUUCAACCUUUGGCUAUUACUUACACUGAAUUGGAAAAACAUUUAAAGCUGAAUUCUGGGUUUAUAAAUCUUUUGCCUAAGUUUCAUGGUCUUCCUGGAGAGGAUCCCUUCAGGCACAUCUCUGAAUUUCUGAUUACCUGCGGUGCUAUGGUGCCUGAAGGGGUUGCUCAGGACCAAAUUAAGUUGAGAGCUUUUCCUUUUUCCUUAUGUGAUAAAGCUAAAGAUUGGUUGUAUUAUAUGCCUGCUGGUUCUUUUACAACAUGGAAUGCUUUACAUAAGGCUUUCUUAGAGAAAUACUUCCCAGCCUCUAGGAUAGGGUCUAUUAGGAAUGCUUUACAUAAGGCUUUCUGAACAAUUGUUGAUUCAAUAUUUUUAUGAAGGACUCCUUCCCACUGAUAGGAAAAAUGUAGAUGCUGCAAGUGGAGGAGCCCUUGUUAACAAAACCCCUACUCAAGCUAGGGAGCUUUUUAACUUGAUUGCUCAAAACACCCAACAAUUUGGAACAAGAGAGACACUGGUUAAAAAAGGCAAUGAACUUGAAAGUAAAUC